AUGGAAGCUAACACAAAAGAGGUCAAGGCAUUUGUGAAACCCAACUUUGAACAUGCAAAAUGGGCACAAGCCGCUUACCUGCCUACCUUUGAGGAGUACAUGAAGGUUGCUGAGGUGGAGAUCACACUGUAUGUAGUUUUGGCUGGUUAUUUUAUGUGUCUAGGAAAGAUGGCUACCAAGGAAGCUUACGAGUGGCUUAAAUCGAGACCAAGACUGGUCAAAUAUGUAUAUGUUAGAGAUCGUCUUAUGAAUGAUAUAACCGGUCUAAAGAGUUACCAAACAAGAUGCUUUAAGAGAGCUUCAUCAAAUGGUUGCAGAUACUGA